CGUUUCUACCCAGUGGUACAUUCCGUGUCGUACCCGGAAGAACAUUAAAAACAUUUGUACGGCGCGCAGCAUUUGAUUCGGCGAGUUCAUUGACAAUAAGGUUUUCCUGCAGAGUCCCUGAUUCGAAGCCAGCUUUGACGCUACGCACAACAUGCAGGAGGACUCCAGCCGCAGUCCCUCGUACACCGUGUCGUGUGAGGACUACGUCCACGUGGUGGAGUUCAGUCCUUUCAGCUCCGGUACGCCUGCCUCUCUCCUGGCCUACGGGGGAAACCAGUACGUCGUUGUGGGAACCUGCCUCUUUCAGGAGGAGGACGUGGAAGUCGAGGGAGUCGAAUUCAACGUUCUUCGAGCUUUUCAUCAUGGGCUGCGUGUCGAUGCUCUCGCCUGGAGCCCUGAGUCUCGGCUGGACCGGAUACCAACCAUCAGAUUGUGCACCGCUGCAGCUGACAGAAAGCUACGCUUGCUGACUUCUGAUCUCCAGGAGAGGCAUGAAGUCAAGGUGAUGGAGGGCCACACCAGCUACAUUAACCAUUUGGUGUUUGAGCCCACGGAGGGGAAACAAAUUGCUUCCGUCAGUGAUGACCACACUUGCAGGGUGUGGGAUCUGGAUGGAAAUGAAAGCACUACGCUCAGACUUCGCUCUCCUGGCAUCAGCGUCUGCUGGCACCCAGAGGAAGUCUUUAAGUUAAUGGUGGCCGAGAAGAAGGGCACAAUUCGCUUUUACGACCUGGUCACCCAGCAGGCCAUCCUGUCGCUGGACUGCACUCCGCUCAUGUCGGCCGACUGGUGCCUCACCAACACGAUAAAAGUCGGCGCCGUGGCAGGCAACGACUGGCUCAUCUGGGAUAUAACUCGCUCCAGUUACCCACAAGAGAAAAGGCCGGCGCACAUAGAUAAAGCACGGUUGUUCAAGUGGUCUCGAGCCAACGAAAACCUCUUCGCCACAACUGGAUGUCCCGGAAAGAUCAAUAGUCAGUUACUCAUCCACCAUCUUGGCCACCCGCAGCCCGUGUUGAUCGGAUCGGCCUCAGUCGGGUCGGGCCUCAGCUGGCACCGGACUCUCCCGCUCUGUGUGGUUGGCGGUGACAGGAAACUUUGCUUUUGGGUGACUGAAAUGUAACCCAUGUGUGCAGCACUUUCCCCUGGCGGCUAACUAGAUCCUCUUUCUGUCUUAGUGAACGUUCAAUAAAAUAUUUUCUCCUUUU